AUGGUGGUGGUCAGAGACACUCUCUUUCAAUGUCUGUUUGCGUGUUCACACUGGACACCAAACAACCCUGAAUUAUCCGCUGCUUGGAGGAAUUUCGCGAGAUCUUGCCCACAGGGGUGCUGCACUCGGCGGAUCGUUUUCGAGCGGCUGCUGCACCACACGUUGUGGUCUAAAUUUUUGUUUCGAAUUAUGAAUGGUGGUGGUCAGAGGCACUCUCUUUCAAUGUCUGUUUGCGUGUUCACACACUGGACGCCAAACAACCCUGAAUUAUCCGCUGCUUUGAAGAACUUCGCGAGAUCUUGCCCGCAAUGGUGCUGCAGUCGGCGGAUCGUUUUCGAGCGGCUGCUGCACCACACGCUGUGGUCUAAAUUUUUGUUGCGAAUUAUGAAUGGUGGUGGUCAGAGACACUCUCUUUCAAUGUCUGUUUGCGUGUUCACACUCCGGACACCAAACAACCCUGAAUUAUCCGCUGCUUGGAGGAACUUCGCGAGAUCUUGCCCACAGGGGUGCUGCACUCGGCGGAUCGUUUUCGAGCGGCUGCUGCACCACACGUUGUGGUCUAAAUUUUUGUUUCGAAUUAUGAAUGGUGGUGGUCAGAGACACUCUCUUUCAAUGUCUGUUUGCGUGUUCACACUCCGGACACCAAACAACCCUGAAUUAUCCGCUGCUUGGAGGAACUUCGCGAGAUCUUGCCCGCAAUGGUGCUGCAGUCGGCGGAUCGUUUUCGAGCGGCUGCUGCACCACACGCUGUGGUCUAAAUUUUUGUUGCGAAUUAUGAAUGGUGGUGGUCAGAGACACUCUCUUUCAAUGUCUGUUUGCGUGUUCACACUCCGGACACCAAACAACCCUGAAUUAUCCGCUGCUUGGAGGAACUUCGCGAGAUCUUGCCCGCAAUGGUGCUGCACUCGGCGGAUCGUUUUCGAGCGGCUGCUGCACCACACGUUGUGGUCUAAAUUUUUGUUUCGAAUUAUGAAUGGUGGUGGUCAGAGACACUCUCUUUCAAUGUCUGUUUGCGUGUUCACACUCCGGACACCAAACAACCCUGAAUUAUCCGCUGCUUGGAGGAAUUUCGCGAGAUCUUGCCCACAGGGGUGCUGCAGUCGGCGGAUCGUUUUCGAGCGGCUGCUGCACCACACGUUGUGGUCUAAAUUUUUGUUGCGAAUUAUGAAUGGUGGUGGUCAGAGACACUCUCUUUCAAUGUCUGUUUGCGUGUUCACACUCCGGACACCAAACAACCCUGAAUUAUCCGCUGCUUGGAGGAAUUUCGCGAGAUCUUGCCCACAGUGGUGCUGCAGUCGGCGGAUCGUUUUCGAGCGGCUGCUGCACCACACGUUGUGGUCUAAAUUUUUGUUUCGAAUUAUGAAUGGUGGUGGUCUGAGACACUCUCUUUCAACGUCUGUUUGCGUGUUCACACUGGACACCAAACAACCCUGA